AUGGAUAAUGAAUCUUUUCAAAAAAUGAAAUUAAUUAUUAUUGAAGAGUUCAAAGACGAACAUAAAACAAUUAAAUUCAAUCACAAAAUUUAUCGAUUACUAAUAAAAAAGUUACGCCGAAAAUUAAAGCGUCAACAACUAGCAAAAGAGCGUGAUGAAAAAAUUCGUUUAGAAGAACUUCAAAGACAAAAUGAUCCAUUAUAUCAAGCAUGGAUUAUUCAAAAAGAAAAGACUCGAUUACAAAAAGAAAUCGAAGAAGAAGAAGAAAAUAAAAAAGCUCGGAAAUCACGAGAACAACGUGAACAAAUGGAACUUCAACAGCAACAAAAAUUAACAAAAGAACGGGUAGAAAAACAAAAGGAAUUAUUAUUACCAGCAAAAACGAAUAGCCCAUCACAUAAUCCAUUUGCCACAGUUCAAGACAGGAUCACUGCAAGUAUUGAACGUCCUGUUUGUUCGUUUUAUUCCAAAACCGGUGUUUGUCGAUAUGAUGAACGUUGUCAUCGUACUCAUAAUAGACCAGACAUAACGAAUACUCUAUUAGCUGUAAAUAUGUAUUCAAAUUUUGAAAUGCAAUAUGGUUUAGAUAAUGAAUAUGAUUUUGAUAUUGGUUUAGAGUUUGAAGAAUCAGAACGUUAUGAAAAUUUUAAAGAUUUUUUUUACGAUGUUUUACCAGAAUUUGAACGAUUUGGUCGUGUUAUUAUGUUCAAAGUAUGCUACAAUUCAGGAAUACAUUUACGUGGAAAUGUUUAUGUGCAAUAUAAGACAGAUUAUGAAGCUAUGCAAGCAUAUAAAGCAUUAAAUACAAGAUAUUAUGCUGGCCGAAUGGUUCAAUGUCAAUUUGUAAAUAUUCCUAGUUGGACAGCGGCUAUUUGCGGUUUAUCUGAAUUUGGCAAAUGUCCAAAAGGCCGUCGUUGCCAUUAUUUACAUGUGUUUCGGAAUCCACCAGUAAAGUCUAUUGAAAAAGAAAAAAAAUCUAGUCGAAAGCAUAAACGUUCAAAAUCUCGAGAUCGUUCACAUAGAAAAAAGAAAAAGAAAUCUCAUCAUUGA